AUCAUGAAAAAAAAAUUUAGUAUCCCUUUAAGUGUUUGUCAUUACACUGUAAUACAUGUGUGAAUUUUUAAUAUUUUCUGUUUAAAACUGUAAUGUAAUGUUUUUAACUGUUAUGUCGUGCUGCUGCUGUCUUUUUAUUGGAGUCUGUCUUUAGGCUACUGAUGAUACAGCAUGAAAGAGAUCAGCAUAAUAUCUGAGCCACAGGACCAUGGAGAUUAAAACGUGAAAAAGUCUGAAGUUGUAUAACUAACAAUACACAUGAAAAGCAAUCAUGAGCUCUCCAGGAUACGUGUUCUGCAAAUGGAAGAAGCAUUUUUGGCCAGCUAAGGUUUUAUCGUCUCACAGCCCUGUAUCUGGGAACAGCAAGAUGAGUGUAGAGAUACUUUGCUUGGAUGAACAGAUACAUGUGAAGCACAAAGACACAAAGCCCUUGGAGAAAACUGAAGUAGAAAACAUUGCUGCUGAAUUAGCUACCAGGACUAAGAGCUCUGAUACCCCAAUAUGGGAGCUGACCUAUCGUAAAGCUCUUAGAAUUGCUUUAGACAUCUUGAAUAAAAAUUCCUCAGAAGAUACCGGUAUUACAAACUCUAAAGGGUUAUGUGACCAGAGGACGAAUGAAAGGUUUGCACCAUCCACUAAAGCUGGUGAAUCAAUGGCUACAAAAGAAGUUAAACAGAGAAAUACGCCACGAAAGUCCUCUAGUUGCACCAGUAGACAAACAAAAGUCAAGGAGAAGAAUGGAACAUGUGACAACAGUUGCAACAAACAGGAGAAGGGCUUGCUUACAGCAAACUCAAGAACUAUGUCAGCUGGACAAAACUCGGUUAAAAUUGAACCUGUGCCACCAACUAACUACUUGCAUAAUAAGUCUGCGAAAGUAAAUAAGCAAAUAGGGAGAAAGCGUACACGAGAUUCAAGCAGCGAUUCUGAGAAUGAAAUGUCAAAGAAUAAAGAAAUUGUGAAAGGCAGCAAAGGGCAGCAAAAAUCCUCCAAAGGCGCUGCUACUCAAAAGAAAACACAAGAGAAAAAUGAAACAAGUGGUCCAAAAACAGUCAAACAGGAGGUCCAAACUAGCACCAAUAUAAGAAUGUCACCAGAGAGUCCCAAGCCAACUAAGAGGGAAGAUGUUUCACCAAAGUCCUUAUGUACUGAAAACAUCAAGGUACAGAGAUCAGAAAAGCAGCAGACCUGUAGUAAACGUAAACUGAGCUUAACUGGAGACCCAAAAGAACAUAAUGAAUCCAAAGCUUUACUCUCUUCCAAUUUUCAAUCCGACAUCCCAACUGAUAGCCAGUCAGACACGGGGAAGUUGCCAGAUUUGUCUGUUGAGAACUGUUCAGCAGUGGAGGAAUUUUCUAACAGUAAAAAAGAGACCAUUCUACCACCACACAAGCUUUCUGAAGAUUGUGCAGAAAAACCGCAAGAAGAAAGACCAUUAUUACACAGAGCUCGACUGCCAAGGCCAAAAAAGACCCGAAAGGCUAUUAAAGAGGCCACUUUACUGCAGCAUGAGUCUUCAGAGACUGAUACAGAAAGAGCUGUCACCCAUCCCAUAAGCAAAUUCCUACAUCAUCCCAUGCCAGACUUUGAGGAGGAGAGAGGGUUAGCUUCCUCCGAGCUGUCCAUUGAGAUUAGUUCACCAGAGAACCACACACUGAAUCCUUCCAUGCCCGAGGAGGAUCUUGAGGAAGAUGAAGACCUGCCAAAUGUUCUCCUUCAACAAGGACCAGCCUCCAUUGAACCUGGGAUGUUUGUCUGGUGUAAAUUUCGCAAGUACCCAUACUGGCCUUCAGUGGUAAAAACUGUGCGGAGAAAGGAGAAAAAGGCUACUGUGCUGUUUGUGGAGGAGUCAUUAUCCAAUUCCAACCAGAAAAAGAAAGGUUUCUCUGUUUCCUUACGCAAUCUGAAGCCUUACGACUGUACAGAGAAGCAACAGCUUUUGGCCAAAGCCAAAGAAGAUUAUGGAGACUCUGUAGAUUGGUGUGAUGCGGUUAUAUCUGGCUACAGAAUAUGUAUGGGUUGCCGUUCCUUUUCUGGAUCAUUUACAGAAUACUGCACUGCAGACAUCAGUUACCCUGUGAGGAGGGAGUUGAAACAUGGCAAAAUACCUAUGUUCUUCCCUUCAGUUAGCACAGAGGAUUCAGAUUCUCAGUCUGAUGUCACCCCAAGCAAGUCCAAGAUGAACAGGAAGCUACUCCCAGAUCGGCAGCGAGCAGCAAGAGAUCGUGCAAACGAGAAACUGGUAGAAUUUAUAUUGAAAAAUAAACUAGCUGAGAGUCACCUAAAGGACAUCCUUGAAGGGAAGAAGAAAUCGCACUGGCUGAAGGAUUUCCAGGCCUCAACUCACCCCAUGGACUGCAUUGAGACCUACUUGGAGGAUGAGGACCAGAUGGGACUUGUUGUUGGGUAUCUACAGGCUUUAUGUGAACAAAUGAGCAGCACAGCAGAGAAGCUGAUGAACAAAAGCCAACUGGGUUUUAUUCUUGAGGUUCUUCUACCAGAGGCUAUUAUAUUUGCAAUAUCUGAAAUAGAUGAAGUGAAUUAUGAAAAAGCAGAAAAGAAAUACAGAGAAGGGCCGUCUAUCAGUAAGAGGGAAAGGAGUCUGUUUGAUGAGCAAAUUUUGGAAAACAAGAAAUUAAAAGAAUUGGAGAAACUUGCAACCUAAUAAACACAACAUGAAAUUGAACUUGUAAGAUCUGUUGUUACACAGGACUGCGUCAUGUAUGGCAGAGUCUAGUCUAUGCUGUGUUUUGCAAAUUUCUAUGCUGUGUAUUGUAUAUAUUUACCUUUGCCAAAUCUCUAUUUUUGUUCUUACCCUGGUUAUACUAUAGACAAUGAGAACAGCUAAGGGCCAAUAAAAGCUUCACAUGAAAUCUGUUUAACCACUUUUUCAAUACUAGUGGCUUUACUGUGCUGUUUUGCUGCUGUGACAUUUUAUAUAAAAAUUAAAUAAAAAUGUGCUGGUUUUAUUCUAAACCAGAGUAUGCACUGAAUUAAAUUGAAUACCAGGAAUAUUCAUGUCUUCCCCAUAUAUACUUUUUUUGUUGCUGUUUUUCUUCAACGUUUUGCUUUAUUUUUUGUACAUAAAGAAAUCAGAAAACCAUGUUCUAGUCGUACAAUGAUGCUAAAAUCAGUAUGAAGAGUAAAUUGUAAUUAACUACAAUUAAGACUAUCAUGUUUGGGUUUUUUUUGUUUUUGUUUUUUAAAAUCCACUAUUUUUGACUUACAACUCCUAUGUAUGCCUAAACUAUAUCCCCAGAAUAUAUUUGGAAGAGAGGGUCCUCUGCACUAUUUUGUUAUAGAAAAUGUGAGUGUGAUUGAUUUAUUGCUAUAAGCCAAAUAAAUCUUAUACUUUGCCCUGGAACCAUCAAAACUUAGUAUGCUUCUAAACUAAUAAACAUUCCAUCUGUCACAUUAA